UAAAACAGAACAUUCUAGUAAAAUAAAAAGCUUCCAACAGAUAUGUCUGCUAAGGUUUCAAUUCUCCAAACCCUAACCUUCUUCUUCUACCGGUUUGUUCUCCGGCGAAACCCUAAACCAAAGCACCAGAGAUGCUAUUCUUCGCUUCAGCGUGAAGACAUCUCGAACCACACCUUCAUCUUCAACCUCGAAGGAGCCCUGUUGAAAUCGGAGUCCCUCUUCCCUUACUUCAUGCUCGUGGCCUUCGAGGCCGGAGGGGUAAUAAGGUCAUUUAUCCUGCUUAUGCUCUACCCUUUGAUCUGCACGAUGCGCUACGAAAUGGGCAUGAAGGUGAUGGUAAUGGUUAGCUUCUUUGGGGUGAAAAGUGAGAGCUUUAGGGUUGGAAAGGCGGUUCUUCCCAAGUUCUUCCUGGAAGAUGUCGGGUUAGAGAUGUUUGAGGUUUUGAGGAGAGCAGGGAAGAGGAUUUGUGUGAGUGAUCUUCCACAAGUUAUGAUUGAAGGGUUCUUGAAAGAUUACAUGGAUAUUGAAGUUGUGAUUGGGAGAGAGAUGAAGGAAUUUUGCGGAUAUUUUGUUGGAACAAUGGAGGAUAAGAAGAAAUACUAUGAUGUCUCCGUUGAAGAAUGUCUUCGACAAGAGAGGUUAAGUGGUGGUAAUGUUAUUGGCAUCACUUCCUUCAAUAAGUCCAUUCAUCAUCCCCUCUUCUCCCGUUGCCUGGAGGUCUACUUCGUCAAAAGUGGAACCAAAAGAAAUUGGCAAACCCUACCGAGAGACAAGUACCCCAAGCCUUUGAUUUUCCACGACGGUCGCCUCGUUACAAGACCAACUCCUUUAACCACUCUCGUCCUAUUCAUGUGGGCUCCUAUGGCUGUGGUCGUGGUCAUGGCUAGAGGGGUAAUUGGCCUGACCCUGCCUUAUCCAGCGGCCACGCCUCUCCUCGCAUUCUCCGGCUUCCGUUUAACCCUCACCGUUAAUGCCCUGGCUCUGUCUUCUCGCUAUAAAAACAACCGAAAAGGCUGUCUCUUUGUGUGUAACCAUAGGACAUUGUUCGACCCUCUUUACCUUUCUUUCGCUCUCAAGAAGAAAAAACUCACCGCCGUCACGUACAGUUUGAGUAGGGUUUCUGAGAUUUUGGCACCGAUCAGGACCAUGCGUUUGAGCCGCGACCGCAAACGCGACGGCGAGAUGAUGGACAGGUUGUUGAAGCAAGGAGAUCUCGUGGUUUGUCCUGAAGGGACAACGUGCAGAGAACCUUAUCUGCUUAGGUUUAGUCCUCUUUUUGCCGAGAUCAGUGACGUCAUCAUUCCGGUUGCCGUUAACUCCCACGUGACCUUCUUUCACGGCACGACGGCUAGUGGGCUCAAGGCCUUUGACCCGCUUUUCUUCCUCAUGGACCCUUUUCCGUCCUACACCGUCCGAUUACUUGACCCCGUUCCCGGGUUGUCCACGUGUCGACAUCAUGAGGAGAGAGAGAAGUUCGAGGUGGCUAAUCGCGUGCAGAGCGUGAUGGGGAAGGCCUUGGGGUUCGAGUGCACCAAUUUCACCCGAAGAGACAAGUACUUGAUCUUGGCCGGUAACAAUGGUCUGGUCACCAAAAAUUAAAUCGAAUAAUUAUAGGGUUUAUAGUUUUUUUUUCCUCGUCUCGGAUUUAUAGGGUAAAAUCCGAGUCCUAAAAAACCUAUAAACCCUAAGAAUUACCAAUAUAUAUCGAUUUCCUCGUCAACCGGUUUCAAAGUGUAGUUAAUGCUUUAAUUUUUUUUAAACGUUAUUUGUAUAGGAAAAUGUAACUAUCUUUUUGUAAUAUCACACGUGUGUAAUAUUGGGUACAUAACUUUACCUC